AUGAUUGAGGUUGAAGUUUUUGAUUGUUGGGGUAUCGAUUUUAUGGGACCGUUUCUUCCGUCAUUUGCUAAUGAAUAUAUUCUAGUUGCAGUGGAUUAUGUUUCCAAGUGGGUAGAAGCCAUCGCCACACCAAAGGCGGGAACCAAAAUAGUGUUGAAAUUUUUAAACCGAAACAUCUUUACACGUUUUGGCAUGCCUAGAGUGAGAAUAAGCGAUGGCGGAUCCCAUUUUGUUAACGAGCAAGUAGCAAAAGUUCUGGAUAAGUAUGGUAUCAACCAUAAGAUUGCACCACCUUAUCACCCCCAAACCAACGGAACAGCAUACAAAGCACCAACUGGUUCCUUUCCUUUUCAGAUGGUUUAUGGUAAGGCAUGCCACCUACCAGUGGAGGUGGAACACAGGGAACUAUGGCCCUUGAGAUUUUUCAAUAGGGAUGAUAGUUUGGCUUAUAAGAAAAGGAGGAAUCAAAUCCAUGAGCUUGAAGAGUUUCGGUACCUAGCAUAUGAGUCCAAUAAAUUGUACAAGGAAAAUAUGAAGAGGUACCAUGACAAGAAAAUUAAAAAGACAUAUUUUAAGGUGGGAUACCUUGUGCUGCUAUUCAUCUCCAGGUUAAGACUUUUCCUUAGAAAGUUAAAGUCUAAAUGGUCAGGACCUUUCAUGGUAAAAGAAGUCAAACCAUAUGAUGCUAUUGUCAUUGAGGAUAGCAAGACUAACGAAAGUUAG